AUGGCGGAUGUUCGCGCUCUGCUCAAAGCUAAGCGGCAAGAAGUUCGAAUUAAUCACCCCUUAGCAUCAUACAGCGGAAGUGGACAGCUGCGGUGUAUCGCAUGUGGUAUCAUUAUCAAGGAGGGAACGGCAUGGAACGGUCAUAUAGGUAGCAAAGCACAUCGUAUGAACGCUGCCCGCCUCAGAGAGGAAGAGCGCCAACAAGAGCUGCGAAGAGAGACAGAGUUACAGCAACAGAAACGCUCGAUGGACGAAGUGGAUGCUGAUACGAGCGAUGAAGAACUGCAGCCCAAGAGACGGAGAGUCGAGGAUGCCGAAGGGUCACCUUCUGCAGGGGCACCACCUCUCGCUCCAAAUGGCGAGCCCCGGUCAGCAUUCCCAGCGGAUUUCUUCUCUGACGCAUCUCGAGCACCUCCCCCACCGUCGUCGGACGAUGGAUCAGAAGAUAUUGAAGUGGGCGGCCCUCCUGCUCCUCGGUCUACGAGUGCGGCGGCCACUGCGAUUGAUAAGGAGUGGGAAGAAUUUCAGGCCGCACUCAUUGAAGUCCCCGAUGCACGAGAGGCAUACAAGCGGGCUACAGUCUUUGCCGAGCCCGUGUUGGUAUCUGAAAUUCCGGAGGGUUUUCCCCCUCCAAGUGGGCAAGCCGAUGGAGCUGGCGAGCAAAAGGACCCAUCAGACGAGGCCGCAGUGAGACGACGGAAGGAGCAGGAAGAGAGAGAGCUAAUCAUGGAUCGUCUCAUGGACGAGGAGCAGGCGCAAGAGGAGGCCGAUGCGAAGGUUGUCGUGCUGAAAAAUAAGCUGGAUGCAUUGAAGAAACAUCGGGAGGCGGCUCGUGCAGCGAAAAGGCAGAAAGGUUCGCGAUAG